AUGGGGCCAGUGGUGGUGCUGGGCACGGUGAUGUGGACGCACGCGGGCUUCGUGCAGCAUUUACUGUUCGUGCUCAACCCGCGAGAUCUCUCCCAAAUGACGUCGAGCUGGUGGAUGAUGCCGGUGAAGAACGGCACGGCGCUGGUGCAGAUCUUCAUGAUGAUGAGCAGCUUCCUGCUCGCCAACAACCUGCUGCUACUUCCCAAACUCAACGGACUGCUUCCCAAGCUGGUGAUGCUGAGAUAUAUCAGACUAGCUCCAGUACACCUGCUGGUGGUGGGGUUCGCGGCGAGCUGGUGGGAGCGGCUGCGCGGCGGGCCGGUGUGGCCGGCGGCGGUGGGCGCCGAGGCUGCGUCAUGUCGGAGAAAGUUCUGGACGCAAGCGCUUUACAUUAAUAACCUGGUGGAGCCAGAAGACACGUGUCUCGUGCAGACUUGGUCCUUAGCAGUAGACAUGCAGCUGCACCUGGUGGCAGCAGCCCUGACCCUGGGGCUCCAUCGCUGGCGGCACCGAGCCGUGACGAUCCUCAGUGUCCUACUCCUCGCCUCCUGCGUGCUCAACGGGGUACUGGCCUAUGUGUUCCAUUGGAAGACCAUGUUGUACAUCAUGACACCAGAAAACCUCCGCACAAUGUUUCGCGACGAACCAUCCUUCUGGUGGUGGUACACGUCUCCGUGGGGCAGCCUGCCCGCCUGCCUCAUCGGGCUCAUCAUGGCGCACGUCCAUUAUAACCUGCAAGAGCGGAAAGUUCAGCCGAAGGACUAUAGGUGGCUACGGUGGCUGUACCACCUCUACUUCCCCCUGGCUCUAUGCUGGGCGUUCUCCGGAGCUUGGCUGCUGCCGCACGACUCACGCUUGACCGUCGCCAUACACGCGGCCAUAGAGCGACCCGUCAUGACCUUGCUGUCAGCUUUGGUCGUCUUCGGGGUGUGCAAUAACUUUGACGGUGUAGUCCGCGACUUCUUCUCAUGGCCCGGCUGGCGGGUGCUGAGCAGGCUGUCGUUGCCAGCCCUCAUGCUGCACUGGAGCGUCAACCUGCUGCUGGUCGCCGCCCAGCCUCUACCCAUACCCAGCUCGCUGCUAGAGAUGAUCUGCGACUUCAUCUCGACGUGGUUCCUGUCGUACCUGCUGGCGACGCCGGUGUCGCUGCUGGUGGAGCUGCCGGCGCAGAGGCUCGCGGCUGCGCUGUUUUCGCGGUCACAGCAAUAA